AUAAAAUAUAAUAAAUACAUUAGAAAAGAAUAUCUCUUUGAUUUAGAUGGAUAUCUUAAUUAAAAAUAUUUUGAUAACUUGACCAAUUAGAGCGCGGUUCCGGGGUUAUCAAAUUUAAGGUCAACAAAACUAAAGUCCGUUUAAAGUCGACGUGGCAGACUCUGGUACUGAAUAUCAUUGCCAGCUGUUCUAUUCUCUUAAUUCAUUCCUUAAUUUUUGCUUGAAGCAGUGAAAGUAAAGGAUGUCAGAUACUAAACAAAAAGUAAUUCUAGCGUAUAGCGGUGGUUUAGAUACUUCUUGCAUAUUAUUUUGGUUGAAAGAAAGAGGAUAUCAAGUUAUCGCUUAUGUGGCGAACAUUGGGCAAAAGGAGGAUUUUAAUGCAAUUAAAGCUAAAGCGCUUAAAAUCGGAGCCGUCAAGGUCGUGAUAGAUGAUGUCAAAGAAGUUUUCGUAACUUCCUACGUAUGGCCCGCUGUGGCUUGUGGCUUGUUAUAUGAGGGAAGAUAUCUUCUGGGUACUUCUAUAGCACGGCCGUGCAUCAGCCAGGGCUUAAUAAAAACCGCAAAGGCUGAAGGUGCCGGUGUUAUCGCGCAUGGAGCAACUGGAAAAGGAAAUGAUCAAGUUCGCUUUGAGUUGAGCUGUUACAAUCUAUGCCCUGAAAUCACGAUUUUAGCUCCAUGGAGGGAAGUUGAAUUUUACACGAGAUUCCAAGGAAGAUCGGAUUUGUUGGAAUAUGCACAACAAAAUGGUAUCCCAAUCUCAGCAACGCCGAAAGAGCCAUGGAGCACUGAUGCUAAUCUCGUGCAUAUCAGUUACGAAUCCGGGAUAUUAGAAAAUCCUGCCGUUCCAGCACCGAAAGAACUGUACAAAAUGACCACGGAUCCGACAGAUUCCGUCUUGGAAGCGGAAGAAAUCGAAAUUAGUUUUAAGGAAGGACGCCCGAUUACCGUGAAGAGGCUAAAAGAUGGGAAAAUAUUCAACGUUCCUCUUGCGAUGAUUGAAUAUCUCAAUGAGAUCGGAGGUGCGCACGGUAUCGGGCGGAUAGACAUCGUAGAAAAUCGAUUUAUUGGACUAAAAUCUCGAGGAAUUUACGAGUCGCCGGGCGUCAACAUUUUGGAGAUUGCGCAUCGAGACUUGGAAGUAUUCACGCUGGAUCGCGAAGUGCUGCGAGUCAAGUCAUACCUGACGGAUAAGAUGUCGGAUUACGUUUAUAACGGUUUCUGGUUUUCGCCUGAAUGCGACUUCGUACGAGAAUGCAUCCUGCAUUCGCAGAGAUACGUGAACGGUACAGUAAGGUUGCAACUGUACAAGGGAAAGGCUAUGGCGAUCGCCAGAUCGAGCGAGAUCUCGUUGUACAACCAGACUCUCGUCUCGAUGGACGUUCAGGGUGAUUUCGAGCCUGCGGACGCUACUGGAUUCAUCCGCAUGCAGGCUAUGAGAUUAAAGGAGUUUCAUCGUUUCAAUAAACAACACGGUGUCUGAAUUUAUCAAGACUUUAUUACGAGUUUCGUAAGUUUCAAUAAAGAACGCACCGUAGCUCU